UGAUGAUUACCCCUUUAAUACUUUAAUAGCAAACAACUGUUUAUAAUCUACUGGGCUCUCAUUCUUCCUUUCAUGAUGGCUGUCAGGCGUGCUAUUAACAAGCUGAAGAGCAAAGAAACCAGGGAGUAUUUUAUGAGGUAAGCUGUUACGUUUUGUACUUGUGUAAAAUUCCGUUUGAACACCACAAACACACGUACACACACACACACACACACCAUCUGAUGUCACUCACCAUUGGCUGUAUUAAAUUGCAACUCCCCUUCCACAGCACACAUUUUUGGGGUCCUGUUGCCAACUGGGGACUGCCUCUAGCUGCUAUGGCUGACAUGAAGAAAGACCCGGAGAUCAUCAGCCCAAAGAUGACAGUCGCACUGUGUAUCUACUCCGCACUGUUCAUGAGGUUUGCGAUAAAGGUUCAGCCUCGAAACAUGCUCCUGUUUGCGUGUCAUUUCACGAACGAGGCAACCCAGCUCACUCAGUUAGGCAGAGUGAUACAUCAUCAUUCUACCAAAAAGUGAAAAAGAUAUUCUUUUUAUAUCUGUACUGUACGGUUAGAUCUAUUAGCUCUCACUUUUUUUAAGUGUUGUAAACACUGCACUGUGCACAACGUGUCAUAAAUGGAUUGUUAUUAAGUUUA